UUUUUCAUUUUUCUUCUUCUUUUUCGUAUUGAUCUUCUAGAGCCUUCUUCUUAUCUCAGAAGCAGCGUAAUCUUCCUCUUCAAUGUUGCUGCUAUUUGAACCCUAACCACGAACACUCUCUUAUCCUCUGUCUCAAAUCUUCCAAAAUCGUUUUUUCAUUUCUCGAAUUUCCAUCCACUCCUCAUUUUCCAUUUCCACUUCGGUUUAUGCUUUUUCAGGAUCUGAAUAAGCCCUAGCCUUUUGCUUGUAAAAAAUCAAAGGCGCUCUCUCUCUUCCUCGAGGAUCGUAGGGUUCCGAUUCUCGUUCUGAUUUGAAGAUGGAACCGCCAGUUGUCAGAUCGAGAGGUCGCCCGAGGAAACGGAGAAGAAAAGAGGAUGAAGAUGAAGGAAAAACGGUUCCUGAUGCGAAAGGGCUAGCUGUGGGGACAAGACCGAUAGCAUUGGUUGGACGAUACGUGCUGAAAGAGUUUCCUAGAAAUGGAGUUUUUCUCGGGAAAGUUGCGUAUUACGAGAGUGGGUUGUAUAGAGUCAAUUACGAGGAUGGUGAUUACGAGGAUUUAGAUAGCGGUGAGGUUCGUCCGAUACUUCUCAAUGAUGGUGAUUUCGAUGAUGAUUUAGCUCGGAGGAGGGGAAAAUUAGAGGAAUUAAUGUUGCAGAAGAGUGAAAAGGUCGCAGAUAUGUCGGAGAAGGGUUCUGUUGACUCGAACAAAGAGGUAUCCGCGGUUGAUGUGCCUGCUUCGAGUGAAUUGAACGAUGGGUUAUCGAUUGAAAACAAUGAGGAAGAUGAUGACGAAGCUGAUGUUGAUUCGUCAAGGGAUAGUGAGUCUGAUUCCGAGACACCGCCUGUGCCGCCGCCAUUGCAGUUGCCGCCGUCUUCGGGAACUAUUGGCGUGCCCGAGCCAUAUGUCUCACACCUCUUUUCUGUUUAUGGAUUCUUAAGAUCAUUCAGCACUCGCUUGUUUCUACUACCGUUUACUUUGGAUGAGUUUGUUGGUUCUCUUAAUUGCCGAGUUUCAAACACAUUGUUUGACGCCGUUCAUGUUUCCCUAAUGCGGGCAUUGAGGCAUCGUCUUGAAACCCUUUCAUCUGAGGGCUCGGAGCUUGCAUCACACUGCCUUAGGUGCAAUGAUUGGAGCUUGCUCGAUACAUUGACUUGGCCUGUUUUUGUGAUUCAGUAUUUAUUAGUUAGUGGAUACACAAAAGGACCUGAAUGGAAAGGAUUUUAUGACGAGAUUAUUAGUGGCGAGUAUUAUUUAUUGCCUGUAAGUAGGAAGUUAGUGAUAUUGCAAAUUCUCUGUGAUGAUGUUUUGGAAUCUGAUGAGCUAAAAGCUGAAAUGAACAUGCGUGAAGAAUCAGAGGUUGGGAUGGAUUAUGAUGCCGAGGAUAUACUUCCUGCAGAAAUGGGGACUAGAAGAGUCCAUCCAAGAUAUGCCAAGACUUCUGCCUGCAACGAUAAAGAAGCUAUGCAGUUUGUUCCAGCAUCAAAUGCUGUGAGCCAACCUGGUAACUCUCUUUCAUAUUUCAGAGACACUAAAAGUACCGAGGAUGGUGAUGUUGAUAGAAAUGGAGAUGAAUGUCGCCUCUGCGGUAUGGAUGGGACCCUGCUUUGUUGUGAUGGGUGUCCUUCUGCUUAUCAUUCAAGGUGUAUUGGUGUGAUGAAAAUGUUUAUACCAGAAGGGCCAUGGUAUUGUCCAGAGUGCAAAAUUAAUAUGACCGGGCCAACAAUUGCAAAGGGAACAGCACUUAAAGGGGCUGAAAUAUUUGGAAUGGAUUUGUAUGGGCAACUCUUCAUUGGUACUUGUGACCACUUACUUGUGCUCAAUAUUGACAAUGAUGAAUUUCAUCUUAAAUAUUACAAUCAGAAUGACAUUCCUAAAGUUCUCCAAGUGCUUUGUGAUUCUAUGCAGCAUAGACCAAUAUACUAUGGUAUUUGCAUGGCAGUCUUACGAUAUUGGAAUGUUCCAGAAAAUUUCUUGCCUCUUUCUGUUUCAACUGGAACAAUUGUAAACUCAGCAAGUAUAAAAGAAGAGACAAAGUUCUCUACUUCAUUACUUCCUCCUUUGGGUGAAGACAACCAUAAACCUGUUAGUUUGGGGAAGGGAGAGUACCCUCUAACUACUGUGAGUUUGAUUCAUACUGAUAAUAUGGUGCCAUCUCUCUAUGCUUCAUCAGUUACCACCCAAAGUCCUGCUCCUGAAAGUAGUGUCAGUGCUUGCAGUAAAGAGCAUCCUACUGUGGAUACGAAGAUUCCUGAGGAAACUAGGAUGGAGUCAGUCAUCUCUGCUGGUUCUGUUUCUGUUAGUUACCAGUCUGAUGUGAGCUAUCGAAGUUCUCUUAAUAGGCCAACUACAGUAGAUCCUGCUAAGUGUGCUUUGGUAAACAGCCGAACUAAUUAUUAUGGCCAUGCAAAUGAUAUGGGGUUGCCUAUGAGUUUUUCGUUGCAAACCAAAGAAAGUACUCAAGCUGGUUUUGGAAAAUCUGAAGGCAAUGUAACCAAUGAUUUUGGAUACAUGGGUUUCUCUUAUAAACCUCAGUCAUACAUUAAUUACUACAUGCAUGGUGAUUUUGCUGCAUCUGCAGCUGCUAAAUUUGCCGUUCUUUCUUCAGAGGAAUCCAGGUCGGAGGGCCAUAUUUCCGACAAUCAGAAGAAAACUGCAUCUGGAAACACUUAUUUGCAAGCAAAAGCGUUCUCACUAACUGCUUCACGCUUCUUUUGGCCAAGUUCUGAAAAGAAGCUUGUGGAGGUUCCAAGAGAGAGGUGUGGCUGGUGCUUUUCUUGUAAAGCUCCUGUUUCGAGUAAGAGAGGAUGCAUGUUAAAUCAUGCUGCUCUAAGUGUCACAAAAAGUGCUAUGAAAAUCUUUGCUGGUUUUUCUCCUAUAAGGAGUGGAGAGGGAAUUCUUCCUAGCAUUGCAACUUACAUUAUAUACAUGGAGGAAUGUCUACGUGGCUUAAUAGUUGGGCCCUUCCUAACUGCAAGCUACAAAAAGCAAUGGCGUAACCGAGUGGAACAAGCCACAACAUUUAGUGCAAUCAAGCCACUUUUACUUAAACUUGAGGAGAACAUUCGUAUGAUUGCUUUUUGUGGGGACUGGAUUAAGCUGGUGGAUGAUUGGUUGGUUCGAUUCUCCGUAAUACAAAAUGCUGCACCUUCUCUUGGAACAACUCAGAAACGUGUACCUAGUGGAAGGCGUUACAAGAAGCGGUCAGCUGCUGAUGAAGCUACAGCUGAUGGUUGCCAUGAAAACUUUGUGUGGUGGCGUGGUAGCAAAUUCACCAAAUUUAUAUUCCAGAAAGCAGUUUUGCCAAAAUCCAUGGUAAAAAAAGCAGCUCGCCAAGGUGGUUGGAGGAAAAUUUCUGGUAUAUUGUAUGCUGAUGGCUCUGAAAUCCCUAAAAGAAGCAGACAGCUGGUUUGGAGAGUUGCAGUUCAAAUGAGUAGGAAUGCAUCGCAGCUGGCACUUCAGGUCAGAUAUCUAGAUUUUUAUCUCAGAUGGAGUGAUCUGAUUCGUCCGGAGCAGAACAUCCAGGAUGGAAAAGGUCAAGAGACUGAAGCUUCUGCUUUCAGAAAUGCAAAUAUUUGUGACAGAAAACUUGUAGAGGGAAAAAGUUGUUAUGGAAUAGCUUUUGGGAAUCAAAAGCAUCUUCCUUCUCGGGUGAUGAAAAGUGUUGUUGAAAUAGAGCAAGGUCCAGAAGGAAAGGAAAAGUAUUGGUUUUCUGAAACUCGCAUUCCUUUAUAUUUGAUAAAAGAAUACGAGGAAGGUAAUAAAAAAGUACCGUCUGAUGAAGAGCACCUGAGUGUUGCACCUCAGUUGUCCAGAAGGAAGUUGAAAGCUACCUGCAAGGACAUAUUUUUUUACCUUACCUGCAAGAGAGACAACUUGGUCAUGCUCUCGUGUUCUGUGUGUCUGAAGGGUGUUUUAAUUCGGAAUGCUCACAAGUGCAAUGCAUGCCAAGGUUAUUGUCAUGAGGGCUGUUCCAUGAGUUCAGCAGUCUCUGGAAAUGGAGGUGAGUACUUGACCACAUGCAAGCAAUGUUACCAUGCCAAAUUACUUUCUCUGAAAGAGACUAGUAAUGAAUCUCCAACCAGUCCCUUACUCUUACAAGGACGACAAAAUAGCUCUCGGACAGUUUUGAAGGGACCAGGGUCUAAAUGUCAUGAUGAAACACUGAAAUCUGCCAGGACAAAGGCUAGUCAUACUGACAUGAAUCAAGUUACUUCUAUGACAGUUUUGAAGGGGCCAAGGCCUAAAUUUUAUGAUCAAGCACUGACUUCUACCAGGACUAAGGAUAGUCCUGCUGACAUGAAACAAGUUGCUUCUGAUUCCACUUUGGCAGCAAAAAGCCGUCGCAAGAAUUGUUCUUGGGGUAUUAUAUGGAAAAAGAAAAAUAAUGAAAGUACAGACAUUGAUUUCAGGCUCAAAAACAUACUUUUAAAGGGAGGUUCAGGCAUGCCUCAAUUGGAACCUGUUUGUCACUUGUGCCGUCAGCCAUAUAGAUCUGAUUUGAUGUAUAUUCGCUGUGAGACAUGCCAACAUUGGUAUCAUGCUGAAGCUGUUGAGCUUGAAGAAUCCAAAAUUUUUUGUGUGUUGGGCUUCAAAUGUUGCAAGUGUCGCAGGAUAAAAUCACCUGUGUGUCCUUACUCUGAUUUGAAGCUUAAGACUCAGGAGGGCAAGAAAUCACACACAAGGGCUUCAAAGAAAGAGCAUUCUGGAGCAGAUUCUGAUUCCGGAACAUUUUCUGAUGUUAAAGAGUGUGAAGCUGCUACUCCUGUCUUUCCUGUAGAGGAUGAUCCUCUGCUUUUCUCUCUUUCAAGUGUUGAGCUGAUUACAGAACCCAAGUUAGAUGUAGAUGUUGAGUGGAACACUGUCUCUGGGCCAGUGCCUCAGAAACUACCAGUGAGAAGGCAUGUUAAGGUUGAGGGGGAUGAUGAUGGUUCUUUUGGAGGUAAACCUUCACAUGCUGAAUUCUCAACACACAAUGAAGCAGGUAAUCUGUCCAAAUCUACAGAGGUGUUAUCACCUUUAGAAUAUGACUCUGCUGUGCGCUUUGACAAUGAUCUGCUGAUUGACUCUGAAAGUUUAAAUUGUGAAUACACGGAGUUUGAACCCCAUACCUACUUCUCUGUAACGGAAUUGCUGCACCCAGGUGAUGGUGGCCAGUUUGAGGAAGUUGAUGUGUCUGGGGACUUGUCAGGAUAUUUGGAAAAUUCUUCUACCCUUGUUCCUGAAGAAUAUGGGGGUUUUAGUUUAGUUGAUAAAUCAGAUUCUGCAAUUUCCUUACAAGACAGUGUUUAUAGUUGUUGGAAGUGUUCUCAAAUGGAACCAGCCCCUGAUCUCUGUUGUGAGAUUUGUGGGAUUUUGAUUCAUAGCCAGUGUUCACCCUGGGUUGAAUCACCAUCCAGGCUUGGAAGUUGGAGGUGUGGGAAUUGCCGUGAAUGGCAAUAGUUGAUUGAUUGACUGGUCAUCCUGUUGAGCUAUUUUGCUGUUGAAUCUUGGAAGCUCUCUUGGGCGUAGGCGGUGCAAGUCUUUGAGAAGUAAUUUUACAAUAAUAAUCACGCGAGCUGGGUCAAUUAGGGUGCAUAAUUGGUUUCAGGUAGCUCACCAUGGACGAGUUGAAUUCAUAACUGUGGAGCUUGGGGUCAAAUUUAUGUUGUGCACCUUCAGAGGUUAAUUGGCUUCUGCCAGUGUUGUCAUGGUUUACUGCUUACGGUUCACAUAAAUGAUUGCUGCUUCCUCGGUACCUAGUGGACCCAGUUUUUCCAAAUCGAGUGAUAUGGUGUGAUUGUUUGUCAACUUGCAGUUGUUGGAUUGGUUGAUUCUCUGGAAUCAUGGGAUAUCGGCUGAUUUUAUCACCUAGUCAAGUAUGGGAUUGUUUUUCCCAUUUCACAAUUCACAGAAAUAUGCUGAUAUGAGAUAAGCAGGUAUUUUUUAUGAUGCUUAUCUGACAGAAUUAUUUGUAUAGAUUACAAUUAUCAUUUUUUUUGUUGAGUUCCGUCAAAAUUAAGAAGCUUCACUCAAUUGAAAAAGAAGCUUCUAUACUGCUCCAUUCAUAUUACUCGUAGCGAAGGCGCUUUAGGAUCAGUGCUAUUCUCAAUAUUAUCAGAUGUUAUUAAAUGAUUUUUGUCAUAUACUCCAUCUAGCGAACAAGGCUUGCGUUAAUGUUUUAGGUUAGUAGCUCACAGUUCGCACCCGAACCAGACCUUAGUAAUGAAAGCAUUUAUAGCUGCUAAUUGUAUAACUCGUACCGCUGAAUUGAACAUG